AUGACUUUUAAAAGAAACUCGGAGGCAAGGUGCAACACAAAGUCAGAUUCUCCCGCUAUUAAUGCAAAUAAAGUUCAGGAGAAGGAGAAAUUAUCACACGAGAUGAAGAAAAAUAUUAAGCUUAAAAUUAAAUACAAGGGAAAGUUAAUAAGUGAGAUAAAUUUUAAAAAGGAGGAAAUAGUGAAAGAGUCAAGUGAGCAAGUGAAAGAGUUUGAAAAAAGUAAAAUGUUAAAAUGUUCAAUUUCUAAUGAGCCUGUAAAGGAAAACUUUGGAUUAAAUUUCUACAAGGGUGAAAAAGUAGAAGUAAGAAGCGAUGAAGAGGGUUUUGAAGGUUCUUGGUUUACUGCAACAAUUGUCGAUUAUCUGAAGAAUGGAAAAUAUUUAGUUGAAUAUUUGACAUUAAAAACAGAUGACUUAUGUGAGCAACUAAAAGGAGAAGCUAAUGUUUCUGACGUAAGGCCAUAUCCACCAGAAAUCAAUCAAGUUUGUCAAUUUAAGUUACAUGAAAGAGUUGAUGUAUGGUAUAACGAUGGAUGGUGGGAAGGUAGAGUAUCUAGUGUUGUUCAUGGUUCCAAUGGUAAUUUAAAGUAUAACGUUUACUUUUGGACUACUAAUGAAGAGUUAGAAUUUGAACAUGAUAAUAUGAGACCUCAUCAAGAAUGGGUUAGGGGACAAUGGAUGCUCUCUUCUAUGGAUUGA